AUGUCAGGAAACAAAUACAAAGACCUUGUGAAAAAUGGUUGGCACCCUGAAAAGUCCGGCGGAGGUUUGAGGGGCCAAGUUAAAGGUCUUGUUAGGAGAGGAAAGUCUGACGAUAGUGAUCGAGGUGACCAUGUCUCUGUUCCUCUGUCACAGCUCAAGGAUCCUUCAAGCUUCGCACCACCUCCCAAGCGUACCGGUUCCGGCCUUAUCCCAGCGGCACCAAAGCCAGAGUCGACACCCCGAAAGGUCAUUACUUCUCCGUCGAAAUAUCAGGAUCCGCGCUCACCGGUCUCUCAGGAGCCCAUUUAUGCUGAGCCUCAGGAGGAGAUAGAGGACCAACCUCAACCACGGGGCCCGUAUCGUGUGAAUACUACUGGUUUGUCGACGGAUAGCCUACCCAAGCCACCUGGAAGGAGAGAUGGUGCUGAUGGGCGGACGGGUCAGCCUCCAUCAUAUCAGUCUGCCAUGGCUGGUGUAGGAGCUGGAGGAGGAAGACCUGCACCUCCCAGCUUACCGCCACGUCUACCCCCAAGGACUAACUCGGCAAACACAGUAUCGAGCUCGCCCGCUGCUAGUCCUACUCCCACCGGCAACGGCCUGAUAAAUCAAGGAGCAGUCAGCCGCCUCGGCGCCGCAGGUAUAUCCGUCCCUGGCUUCGGUAUUGGCCGCUCCAGCCCGGCCGCUGCUUCUUCUCCAAGCCCGCCUCCGCCUCCACGCCCGGGCGUUGCUGCCCCUCCUCCGGCCCCCGCCCGGUCACACAUGGGUGAACUACAGAACCGAUUCUCCAAACUUGGCACAUCUUCAAACAACAACGCAUCAGCACCUCCACCUCCUAAUGAGGGAACUACAUGGGCACAGAAACAGGCUGCUCUUAAGACGGCCUCGUCCUUCCAGAAGGAUCCCUCAUCGGUUUCGUUCUCAGAUGCCCGAGCAGCGGCUGGGACAGCCAACAAUUUCCGCCAACGUCACGGUGAGCAGGUUGCAGCUGGCGCAAAGACGGCAAACAACCUCAACCAGAAGUACGGUCUUAUGGAGAAGGCACAGAGUUCCUACUCUCGUCUUCAGGGUACACAGGGCCAGGACCAGAACAACGACGCUGUUACCGGAGCUGCAUCCCCAGGUUUGGCCGGCGUGGCAGGCAAAAAGAAGCCACCUCCACCUCCACCCAAGAAGAAGCCGGCUCUCAUAAGUGCAGCUCCUCCUGCCGGCGAUGAACCACCACCUAUCCCCAUGGCAACCAGGCCUCAAUUUUGA